AUGGUAACCACAAAAUCAACUUUGGAACAAUUCCCAAACGAAUUAUUACACUAUGUAUUCUCCUACCUUCAAUCCGAUGAAAUUAUUUAUAGUUUUUUGUCUUUAAACAUCCGAUUUAAUUCAUUAUGUCAUCAUUACAUUGAACAUAUAGAUUUAUCGAUGACCAAUAGUGUAGACAAAUGGUUUACUGAAAAUUUUCAACUGAUACCAUCAUUAAUAAAAACAUUGAAAUUAAAUGAUAUGCAGUUAGAUUUGGUAUUUGAAUCUUUCAAUGAUGUUUCGACUUAUUUUACUCAACUUAAAACAAUUCAUUUAGGAAUUUUCUUACAAAAUGGACAUUACAAACAAUAUUUACCAGUAUUCAAACAAACAAUAUCCUCAUUAUUACUUAACUAUCAAAAUGCAACAAUAUUGUCUAGAAUUGACCAUGAUAUUUUGAAUGAGUUUAUUACCAACAAUGCUGAGUCAUCUAUUCUACUUGAUACAUUAACCAUUCAUGGUGUUUGUUUAUCAUUUGAUGGUGAACAGUUCCAAAUAUGCCAGACACUUAAAUGCUUAACAAUAUUCAUUGAAUAUCAACAUCAAUUAUUCAUAUUAUUAGAGUAUCUCCCGCAACUGGAAUAUUUAAAUGUUGGAAUUAGAGAAGGUAAAGCUGCUAAAUAUGACUAUAAUUAUUCAAAAACAAAACAUUUAUCAUUAAAAUUACGUGAAUUUAUUUUAUCUGCCAACGAUAUUCACUUCAGUGACAUUUGUCUUCUACUUAAGCAAUGUCAAUCAACAUUAGAAAUAUUAAAAAUACGUUUUAAAAUUGAUUAUUUAAUUGAUGGACGAAUGUUAGAACCAUUUAAAAGAUCAUUAAAACAAUUUUAUUUUUAUUUUUUUUGUCAUUCGCUUGAUGAUCUGUCGAUUAAUGCUUUGGAUUUAUUAUCAUCAUUUCAAACACUGGCAUGGUCACAUCAACCGGUUAUGUUUUUUACAAAUUCAUUUUAUCAAACUUAUACACUAGUUUCACCGCCACGUGAUUGUCAAAAGUUUAAUUGUUCGUUAACAAAUGAAUUUUUAAAUUAUUAUUUAAAUAAUCGGCAAGAGGAAUUAAAACUACCACGAAUUACACGACUAUUUCUAAAUGAUAAACAACAACCAAUGUAUACAUAUAAGUUUUUUCGUCUAUUAAAAACCGUCUUUACUAAUCUUCAAAUAUUAGAGGUUGGUUCUAGUUUUGAACUACAUAAUGAUAAUUUGGAAAAUGAUGUAACAUUGGAUACAGUUCGUACAUUAAUAAUUACAAAUAAUCAAGAUCAUUGUGUUGUUAAACAUUUAUUUAAAUUAUUACCAAAUUUAUAUCGUCUUGCUAUUGAUUAUGAUUUAUUAAUUAAUGUUACAGAUGAAUUGUACUUUGAACAACAGCAAGACAAAUUUCAAUAUACACCGCUGAAUGAAAUACUUAUUCAUUUUCCACCAAAUCAACAUACAGAAAUUACUGAUGAUUUAAAACAUAAAAUAAAAUUUUCGUUUAAAAAUGCUAAAAUAUUAUCAUAA